CGCCGCAGACCCGCCAUGCAGACGCGCGCGCUGCUCCUGGCCUCGCUGGCCGCGCUGGCGCUGGCCCGGGAGCCCCCCGCGGCGCCGUGUCCCGCGCGCUGCGACGUGUCGCGCUGCCCGAGCCCGCGCUGCCCGGGCGGCUACGUGCCCGACCUCUGCAACUGCUGCCUGGUGUGCGCGGCCAGCGAGGGCGAGCCCUGCGGGCGGCCCCUGGACGCGCCGUGCGGGGAGGGCCUGGAGUGCGCGCGCGGCGUGUGCCGCUGCCGAGGGUCGCACGCCGUGUGUGGCACCGACGGGCACACCUACGCCAACGUGUGCGCACUGCUGGCGGCCAGCCGCCGCGCGCUGCAGCUCUCGGGGACGCCGGUGCGCCAGCUGCAGAAGGGCGCCUGCCCAUCGGGUCUCCACCCGCUGACCAGCCCGCGGUACAAGUUCAACUUCAUCGCCGACGUGGUGGAGAAGAUCGCUCCAGCCGUGGUCCACAUCGAGCUCUUCCUGAGACACCCUCUGUUUGGCCGCAACGUGCCCCUGUCCAGCGGUUCGGGCUUCAUCAUGUCGGAGGCGGGUCUGAUCGUCACCAACGCCCACGUGGUGUCCAGCACCAACUCAGCCUCAGGCCGGCAACAGCUCAAGGUGCAGCUGCAGAACGGAGACUCCUACGAGGCCACCAUCAAGGACAUCGACAAGAAGUCUGACAUUGCCACCAUCAAGAUCCACCCCAAGAAAAAGCUCCCUGUGUUGCUGCUGGGUCACUCGGCAGACCUGCGGCCUGGUGAGUUCGUGGUGGCCAUUGGCAGUCCCUUCGCCCUGCAGAACACUGUGACGACGGGCAUCGUCAGCACCGCCCAGCGGGACGGCAGGGAGCUGGGCCUCCGGGACUCAGACAUGGACUACGUCCAGACAGACGCCAUCAUCAACUACGGGAACUCCGGGGGACCCCUGGUGAACCUGGAUGGUGAGGUCAUUGGCAUCAACACGCUCAAGGUUGCAGCUGGCAUCUCCUUUGCCAUCCCCUCGGACCGCAUCACGCGCUUCCUGUCAGAGUUCCAGGACAAGCACAUCAAAGACUGGAAGAAGCGGUUCAUCGGCAUUCGGAUGCGGACCAUCACUCCCAGUUUGGUGGAGGAACUCAAGGCUGGCGACCCCGACUUCCCGUCGGUCAGCAGUGGGAUUUAUGUGCAGGAGGUUGUUCCAAAUUCGCCUUCUCAGAGAGGAGGAAUCCAAGAUGGCGACAUCAUCGUCAAGGUCAACGGGCGCCCCCUGGUGGACUCAAGUGAGCUGCAGGAGGCCAUCAUGAAAGAGUCUCCACUCCUGCUGGAGGUGCAGCGGGGCAAUGAUGACCUCCUGUUCCGCAUUGUGCCCGAGGUGGUCGUGUGAGGCGGGCCACCUCUCCAGCAUCAAGCGCCAGGGUCAGGCCCUGCAGAUGGCAGGGAUAGAGCCUCUCCAGGACCAGGACGGAGGACCUGUGGUCCUCAGCAGGGAGGACGCCACAGCCUCCCAGCGUCCAGAGGCAGAGUCCCAGGCUGGGCCUGGCUGGAGGACCAGAUCUCAGCCUUGAUCCCAAAUCCCAGCACCGCAAGGGAAGUCCCAUGCUCCCCUGGUGCACCUGCUCUUGAAGGUCACCUUCGAAGUUCUUUGGAACCUAUAAAACUCCUGCAGUUCCUGAAGUCUACCCUCUUCCUCGGCUUCCUGCCUCUGCACCUGUCCAUCCCUCUGUCUGAAAUGUCCCCCUUGUUCCACUCGCCACCCACUUCAGGUCCCAGCUCCCACGUCUGCUCCUCCUUCAUGAGCACCUCCCUCACCCUGUUGUCCAGUUCCCUUCUGCUGCAGUGCCCCCCCAUGGUAUGACAGGGGCUGCCCGCCCUGCCACCUAGACUCCCCAAAGGGCAGGCUGUGCCCAUGACCCCUGGCAGGGUCAGGGUCCAACAGGGACUGGCCUGGAGCAGGUGCCAGUGAACAACCCUCUGCUGAGCCGAGCCCUGCACUGGCCACGAGGUGCACCCUCCCAGGAGCCCAGGGAGCCCAGGGAGCAGAGCAUGAGGCACACACUCAGCUGCUGCCUGGAGAAGUUCAGCCCCAGGGGGCGGAGGGGAGAGCCGCCCGAGUGCAGGACUGAGCCGGCCCCGCCUUGCCCACAGAGCCUGGUGGAAGCAGCGGGCUCUGGUGGACACCUCCUCCCGUGUGUGCCUCCGGGUGUGUCUCGAGCUUCGCUGCACAGCUGCCCGCCCCCCGUGUGUUUCUCUACUGUACGGAAAUUAAAGUUUACAAGCACAGA